GAAGGGGAGGGCGGUCUCGGCCCUCGCAACCGUGUCGCAUUCCUUCUCGGUUCUUUCUCCUAGUGCCGCUGCUGGAAUGGCGCUGAGCCUCACUGUCAACCCCGGCGAUUUGCCUCUCGGAGCAUUGCUGACUGUAGAACAUGUAAAGGAUCAUGUUAAAAUUUCAGUUGAAGAAGGCAAAGAAACCAUUCUACGAAUAUCUGACCAAGUUACGUUCACUGAUGUGAAUUCUAUAGUUCGUUAUCUGGCUAGAAUUGCCACAUCUGCAGGAUUAUAUGGAUCUAAUUUGCUGGAGCAUACUGAGAUUGACCAUUGGAUGGAAUUCAGCACCACAAAACUGUCUGCUCCUACUGAGUUUGCUUUAGCCAUCCAAGAGCUCAAUAACUCCCUUUCUCUGAGAACCUAUUUAGUAGGCAACUCUUUGAGCCUUGCAGAUUUCAGCGUUUGGGCAGCAUUAAAAGGCAACAAUAUAUGGCAGGAGCAGUUAUCUCAAAAUAAUGCUCCUGUCCAUGUAAAACGCUGGUACAAGUUUCUUGAAGCACAAAAUAGUUUUCAAUCUGUAGAUUCCAAUUGGAAUGUGGGAGACACUGUUCGAAAAAUAAAAAUGACAACAGAAAAGAAACAAGAUAUUGGAAAAUUUGUUGAUCUACCAGGUUCAGAGAUGGGGAAAGUCAUUGUUAGAUUUCCUCCUGAAGCAAGUGGCUACUUGCAUAUUGGUCAUGCAAAAGCUGCGUUGUUGAAUCAGCACUACCAGAUCACCUUCAAGGGUAAAUUGAUCAUGAGAUUUGAUGAUACAAAUCCAGAGAAAGAAAAAGAAGAUUUUGAAAAGGUGAUCUUGGAAGAUGUUGCAAUGCUUAACAUUAAGCCUGACCAAUUUUCAUAUACCUCUGAUCAUUUUGAAAAAAUAAUGAAAUAUGCUGAGAAACUCAUUCAUGAAGGAAAGGCUUACGUAGAUGAUACACCAGCAGAACAGAUGAAAAUGGAAAGAGAACAGAGAAUAGAAUCUAAACACAGGAGUAAUUCUGUUGAGAAGAAUUUUCAAAUGUGGGAGGAAAUGAAAAAAGGAACAGAAUAUGGACAAACCUGCUGUCUAAGAGCAAAAAUUGAUAUGAGUAGUAAUAAUGGAUGCUUGAGAGACCCAACUCUUUAUCGUUGUAAAAAUCAGCCACAUCCACGUACUGGAAAUAAAUACAAUAUUUACCCCACAUAUGACUUUGCCUGUCCUAUAGUGGACAGUUUAGAAGGUGUUACUCAUGCAUUAAGAACAACAGAAUACCAUGAUAGAGAUGAGCAAUUCUACUGGAUCAUUGAAGCCUUGGGAAUAAGAAAGCCCUAUAUCUGGGAGUACAGUCGUUUAAACCUCAACAAUACUGUGCUUUCUAAAAGAAAGCUCACUUGGUUUGUCAAUGAAGGGCUGGUAGAUGGCUGGGAUGAUCCCAGAUUUCCAACAGUUCGUGGUGUCCUUAGAAGAGGUAUGACAGUAGAAGGAUUGAAACAGUUUAUAGCUGCACAGGGGUCUUCAAGAUCAGUUGUAAACAUGGAAUGGGAUAAAAUUUGGUCAUUUAACAAAAAGGUUAUAGAUCCAGUGGCACCUCGGUUCACUGCAUUGCUAAAGGAUGAAAUAGUCACCGUAAAUAUUCCUGAAGCUCAAGAAGAGAUGAAAGAAGUGGCCAAACAUCCAAAGAAUGCUGAAGUUGGCUUGAAGCCUAUAUGGUAUAGUCCCAAAGUACUGAUUGACGGAGCAGAUGCAGAGACAUUGACAGAAGGAGAAAUGGUUACAUUUAUUAACUGGGGCAACAUAAUCAUCACCAAAACACACAAGAACGUCACUGGGAAAAUCACAUCUAUGGAUGCUAAAUUAAAUUUGGAGAAUAAGGAUUACAAAAAAACUACUAAAAUCACCUGGCUAGCAAAAACCUCUUCUGCUUCUCUCACUCCAACUAUUUGUGUGAAUUAUGACCACUUGAUCACCAAGCCUGUCUUAGGCAAGGAGGAAGACUUCAAACAGUACAUCAACAGAAAUAGCAAACAAGAAGAACUGAUGUUAGGUGAUCCUUGCCUAAAAGAUUUGAAAAAAGGAGACAUCAUUCAGCUUCAGAGAAGAGGCUUUUAUAUUUGUGAUCAACCAUAUGAGCCUAUUAGCCCAUAUAGCUGUAAAGAAUCUCCAUGCAUUUUGAUUUAUAUUCCUGAUGGGCAUACAAAAGAAAUGCCAACAUCUGGCUCAAAGGAAAAGACCAAGUCAGAAACAGCAAAGAAAGAGGUUAGUACUACAAUGAAAGGUCCUUCUUCUUCAUUUGGGGCUGAUAUUUCUUCUACUUCAGUUUCCUCUUCAGCCCAGGAUCCCUUAGCUCUUUACAGGAGAGUGUCUGCUCAGGGUGAUGCAGUCCGUGAUUUGAAACAGAAGAAAGCAGCAAAGGAGGACAUUGAUGCUGCUGUGAAACAACUCUUGGCUCUGAAAGCAGAAUACAAGGAGAAGAUUGGUCAAGACUACAAGCCAGGAAAUCCUCCAGUUCCAGCAGUUCCCAUCCAGACAUCCAGAUGUGAGGUUGCCGCCAUUGCCAGUGUAGACAGCAAAACUCUUUAUGAUCAUGUAGCUGAGCAAGGAGAAGUGGUCCGAAAACUUAAAGCAGAAAAAGCUUCCAAGGAUAAAGUAGAUGAAGCUGUCAAACUGCUCCUUUCCUUAAAAGCAGAAUAUAAAGAAAAGACUGGCCAGGACUAUAAACCAGGACAGCCAGCUUCAGCUCAGACAUCUGUCUUAAAACACCCAAAAAACACAGAAACCAGUAGUCCUGGCUCUCCAGAAGCACAAGUUCUCUUUAACCAGGUUGCUCUCCAAGGAGAAGAGGUUCGGAAGUUAAAAUUGGAGAAGGCAGAAAAGGAUAAAAUUGAUACUGCAGUACAAAAACUACUUCAGCUGAAAGCUCAGUACAAGCUGUUAACAGGAGUGGAAUACAAACCAGUUUCUACAACUGGUGCAGAAGAUAAAGACAAGAAGAAGAAGGAGAAGGAGAACAAAUCUGAAAAGCAAAAUAAGCAACAAAAACAGAAUGAGGGACAGAAGAAAGGAAUGCAGAAAGAUCAAGGAAGUAAUUACAAUCUGUCUUCUGAUGGACCAGGGGAUGGUCAAGGCCCUAAGAAACAAACAAGAUUGGGUCUAGAAGCUAAGAAGGAAGAAAAUCUAGCUGAAUGGUAUUCUCAGGUAAUUACUAAAUCAGAGAUGAUUGAAUACUACGACGUGAGUGGCUGCUACAUCCUCCGUCCAUGGGCUUUUUCAGUAUGGGAAGGUAUCAAGGACUUUUUUGAUAGUGAAAUAAAAAAACUUGGAGUGGAAAACUGCUACUUCCCCAUGUUUGUAUCUCAAGCUGCACUGGAAAAAGAGAAGACGCACAUUGCAGAUUUUGCUCCAGAGGUUGCCUGGGUUACAAAGUCUGGCAAAACAGAGCUGGCAGAACCAAUUGCUGUACGUCCUACUAGUGAAACAGUAAUGUAUCCUGCAUAUGCAAAAUGGAUUCAGUCACACAGAGAUCUUCCAAUCAAGCUUAAUCAGUGGUGCAAUGUUGUACGCUGGGAGUUCAAGCAUCCACAACCAUUUUUGCGUACUCGUGAAUUCCUGUGGCAAGAAGGACACACGGCAUUCUCUACUUACGAAGAAGCAGCUGAAGAGGUAUUGCAGAUUCUUGAUCUAUAUGCUCGUGUAUAUGAAGAACUACUUGCAAUUCCUGUUGUGAAAGGAAGAAAGACAGAAAAGGAAAAGUUUGCAGGUGGAGACUAUACCACAACAGUUGAGGCAUUUAUAUCUGCAAGUGGGAGAGCUAUCCAGGGAGCAACUUCUCAUCACUUGGGACAGAAUUUUUCAAAGAUGUUUGAAAUUGUCUUUGAAGAUCCCAGAGUACCAGGAGAGAAACAAUUUGCUUAUCAAAAUUCUUGGGGCAUUACAACCCGUACCAUUGGUGUUAUGACCAUGAUUCAUGGAGAUAACAUGGGUUUGGUGCUGCCACCUAGAGUAGCAUGUUUUCAGGUGGUGAUUAUUCCUUGUGGUAUCACUAAUUCCCUUCUGGAAGAAGAGAAAGAAGCUUUACUGACAAAAUGCAAUGAAUAUUGUAAGAGAUUGCGCAUGGCUAAUAUCCGUGUGCGAACUGACUUGAGAGAGAACUAUUCACCUGGCUGGAAAUUCAACCACUGGGAGCUUAAGGGUGUUCCAAUCAGGCUUGAAGUGGGACCACGUGAUAUGAAGAAUCAUCAGUUUGUAGCUGUUAGAAGGGACACAGGAGAAAAGUUGACCUUUUCUGAAAAUGAAGCAGUGAACCAACUCAGCCGUAUUCUGGAAGAAAUCCAUCUUAAUCUUUAUAACAGAGCUGCUGAAGAUCUUAAGAGUCAUAUGGUGGUGGCCAAUUCCAUGGAAGAGUUUCAGAAAGAGCUUGAUUCUGGAAAGAUAGUGCAGAUUCCUUUCUGUGGAGAAAUAGAAUGUGAGGAUUGGAUCAAAAAAACAACUGCCAGAGAACAAGAUCUCGAACCUGGCGCUCCAUCCAUGGGAGCAAAAAGUCUUUGCAUCCCCUUUAAACCACUUUGUGAACUUCAGAAUGGAGCAAGAUGUGUCUGUGACAAGAACCCUGCAAAGUUUUACACUCUCUUUGGACGCAGUUAUUAAAUUACUGUUGGAAAUGAUAAUUUCCUUAUAUUUCAACUUAACUUUUUAAAUUAAAGACCGAGAUGUUUCCUGAUACUAUCCAGGUUUUUGUUGUUACUUUUUAAAAUAGUAACUAACAAAGCCAUAGAGAGUCAUAUCCUUUCAGUGCAACUAGCAGUAUUGCAUAAACCUUUCUGUAUACAGUAUCUCUAUAAUAAAUAAGUAUUGUCAUCUA